AUGACACCUUCAAGACAAGCAUCGAUAACGUCGUCUAUAAUGUCUGCCAGUGCAGGCCGUAAUCAUCCUCAAAAUAUCGGACCUUGGAAAUUAGGUAAAACUCUAGGAAGAGGUGCCACAGGAAGAGUUUUAUUAGCUACACAUCAAACCACUGGACAAAAAGCUGCUGUUAAAGUAGUCUCCAAAUCUGAACUACAUGAAGAUGAUGAUAGAAAUGGAGAUGGAUUACCUUACGGCAUAGAACGAGAAAUCAUUAUCAUGAAAUUAUUAAACCAUCCAAACGUUUUAAGAUUAUACGAUGUCUGGGAAACCUCAAAGGCACUUUAUCUCGUGUUAGAAUAUGUCGAAGGUGGUGAGUUAUUUGACUUGUUGGUAGAACGUGGUCCAUUGGGUGAAGCCGAAGCCAUCAAAUAUUUCCGUCAAAUCGUUUUGGGAGCUGCAUACUGCCAUGCUCUUGGUAUAUGUCAUAGAGAUUUAAAACCUGAAAACUUAUUAUUGGAUGCCCAAUUAAAUGUUAAAAUGGCCGAUUUUGGUAUGGCUGCUUUAGAAAGUAAUGGAAAACUAUUAGAAACUUCAUGUGGUUCUCCUCAUUAUGCUGCACCUGAAAUUGUAAGUGGAUUAAAAUACCAUGGUGCUGCGUCAGAUGUCUGGUCUUGUGGGGUUAUCUUAUUCGCUUUGUUAACUGGCAGAUUACCAUUUGAUGACGAAAACAUCAGAAAUUUGUUAUUAAAAGUUCAAGCAGGUAGUUUUGAAAUGCCAACAGACGAAAUCAGUAGAGAAGCCCAGAAUUUGCUUGGAAGAAUGUUAGAAGUUGAUCCAGAAAAGAGAAUAACCACUGAAAGAAUUUUGAAACAUCCAUUAUUGACCAAAUACCCAAUACCAAACGAAGAUUUGAUUAGUGAAAAAUCGUUGCCACAUCCACAAACCGCAUACAAAUCAUUAGGUUCAGUCAAAAACAUUGAUAAACAAAUUUUGGCCAAUUUAUCCAUUUUGUGGAAUGAUAGACCCCAAGAAGAAAUUGUUCAUAACCUUUUAACAAAUGGUUCCAACCCAGAAAAGACUUUUUAUGCAUUAUUAAUGAGAUACAAACAUAACCAAGAUGAAAAUGUCACUGGAGGACCAAAGAAAUCAACCAGUUUCUCCAACAAAGUUCCACGUAGCUCAUCCAAAUACAGUCUUAAUGGUACCCCUAGAAAAAAGAGAGCCAGUCAGAUUAGUGCCUCUAGACCUACAUCCUUCCUGUAUAAACCGACUUCUGGAACUGGAACAGGAGCUGGUAAUAGAAAUUCUAUCAUCAGACAAUCUGCUGCAUCAUCUGUGAACAACUCACCUUACAAAUCACCAAGAAAGUCACCUCGCAAAUCUCCUUACAAAAGAUACUCUUAUAGUCAGUCACCAUCGAAAUCCCCACAUCGAAGAAGAUCCCAAAUCCAAAGACCACUUGAUGGUGAGCCUUUGAAAGCCAUACCGAGAAAUAUCUAUAACGAAAUUGUUGAUGCACAAAGUAAUUAUUCUCUACCUCCAUCAAUUCCACCUUCAUUGCCAUCCAAAGAUUCUCGUUAUUUGAAUGAUCAAUCGCAACAACCACAACAGCAACAGCAGACAAUGAAUCAAUUGUCAGAAGUUCCUGAAAAUCCUAUUGUUGAUGAAACUCCCGAUUUGAUGCAAUCUGCGAAGAUCUCCCCAUCCAAGAGAGGAUCUAUUAUUGCAAAGCCAGGUAAUAAGAGAAUGUCAAAGAGAAGAUCUGUGCGUGCUUCCAUGACAACUGGGUUGAAAAGAAAUUCGAUAACAAUGAAAUUAUUAUCUACAUAUGCAAAGUUAUCUGGUGACGAUGAUUGGGAAUAUAUGGAUAAGCAAACCAAAAGAACUUCAGCUACUUUUGCUGCUUUGUGUGACAAAAUUUUUAACCAAGAAGAUUACGACGAAGAUGAUGAACAGUUGAUUGACCCUGAAGAAAUUCAAGCUAGAGAGUAUGAAAGAUUGAUGGAAAUUGAAAGAAAGAAACACGAAGCUGAGUUGAAGGCAAGAAGAGAGUUGGAAAAGAAGAAAAAGAGACAAAAGAGAAGAUCCAUUUUGAGUUCCAAGAAAUUGAGUAUUAUCAUCAAAAAUGAUGCCGAUCCAAAUAACAGCGAACAAGAAUUGGUUGAUGAGAAGAUUACACAACCAAAACGUCAAUCCAAGAAUCUUACUGCGUUGAGAGCAUUAUCAGAAGGUACACCUCAGGGUCAAGAAUUGACUAUGGAAGAACUUGAAUAUUUGAAGAAAAGAUCUGCUUCCCAACCAGCACCAAAGAGAAGACUGACUCCUAUCUUAACCAGAAGACCAGUUUCAAGAUUGGAUCCGUUGUGGCAAGAACACGAAACCGAGGAAUUAGACAAAGCUAAGGAUGCUUUGGAACAAGAAUGGAGAGACUCACAAAAGAGAAAUUCUGUUGCUAGUCGUAAGAAAGCCAAUAGAGAGUCAAUGAUUUCUGUUAUGGAUGAUAUAGUUGAAGAAGAUAAUCGUGGUGGUGAUGGUAGAAGAGUGUCGAGAGAUUCGUACUCUGCAAAGAAAGAAGAUUACGAAUUGCCUGAACCAACAGUUGACGAUUCUAAUUUGACUGAUGAUUAUAUGACUGAGAUUAGAAAAUCGAGAUUAUUGAACAGUCAGUUGAAUAUCAAUGGUGCAUUGAAUGAUAAGAAACUGAAUGAACCACUGACUCUUAUUAGUAAUGUCAAGAUUCCAAAUGUUACUAGAAAGUCUAGAAAUUUUACUAAUUCCAAUAAGAGAUUAUCUGUGUUGUCAAUGUAUUCUACCAAAGAGUCAUACCGUGAUUUGAAUUCUUUCGUCAAUUCUAAGGAUGAUAAAGAUGCUGAUGAUGUUAAUAAACCUGCAUUGAGAACAAGUAUUGCCGACAGAUUGGAAAAAGCUGCAUAUGAAGGAGGGGAAGACACGGAAACCGAUGGAGAUGAGAAGUUGUCUGUUAUUGAUCUUGAUGAACAAUUGGCCAAUAGAAGAUUGUCUUAUUAUGAUGCUUCUGAUAACAACAAGAGAGCUUCACGUGCUUCAACUACUAAAAGAUUCAACGUCGGUUCUAAUUCCAGUGGCGCAAGACCAAAGUCCAAAGUUCCAGACUUGCCAAAGAAUGAUUAUGAUGAUACAUUUGUUAGUAACAGUGAUGAAGUUCACAAGCGUAGAUUCAAGUCAAUGGUUUCUGAUGAAUCAAGUGAAUCCGAUGAUGUUUUUGAUAAGAUCAAGUUGCCAGAUGGAAAAUCCACCAAGUCAUCAAUUGAUGGCUUGGCAAAUGGUACUUCUGUUAACGGUCACAGAUAUUCUUCAAAUAGAAAAUCUCAACCAGGUAAAGAAAUGUUGAUUCCUAAUCUUGCUGGUGACCAUUCACAACAAUUACCUAAAGUCCGUGGUGAAGAAGACUAUAAUGAUACAAUUCCACCAACUCCACCAACUCAUCAUGAUCCAAAGAGACCAUUGGAUGACAAGACCAACUAUCCAACAACUGAAGCUGAUCCAAAGAGAAAAGGUUCAUUUUUCAGAAAGCUUUCUUGGGGUUCAAAGAAAACCGUUGAAACUGCUAUUGAACCAAAAACACAAUCACAUGCUCCUCCGCGUCCUGCUCCACCAGUUCCAGCUCAUGCUCAUGCUCCUGCCAAGCCUGCUGCUAACAGAGGUAACUUUGGCAACACCCAAUUGCCAAGUCCAACUAUUUCAAAGGAAGAAAAACCAAAGAGUUCUUUUUUCAGAUGGUUUUCUUCUUCUAAUUCUUCAUCAUCUGGUUCUGAUAUCAAAAAGUUUAAUACUAUUUUGCCAAAACAUGAAAUGUCGACAGCUUUGUUUGCAUUGUUGAAAUCAUGGUCAAAUUUUGGAUUGAAAGACUUGCGUAAUGAUCAAGUGGGUUAUAACAUCACAGGUGCUAUUUCAAAGCACAAUUCAUUUAACUUGAAAAGCUGUAAGUUUAGAAUCAAGAUCAAUCAAAGAGACUUUCUGCAAAAAUCAGAAAUUGUUUGUGUUAGAGUUAAAGGGUCAAAGGCAACUACCGACACUUUGUUUGCUGAAAUUGAAAAAGUUUUACUUAAUGAAGGAGUUUUAGAUAAAUAG